AGUAGUGCUUUGGCGGUGGCUUUACACCACAUCUGGAUUUGUUCCGUUUAAUAUGGUGGGAACGUACGCGUUCACAGAUUGAUUGAUUACUCAUUUCACGUGGCGGUUCCUUAUAGAAGCGAUCACUCCUUCCUGAUGGCUAUUUCAUUAAAUGAAAAGUUUUUUGGCUUUGCAUGGUGGAAUGUUGCUGUAUGGAAAAUGGUUCCAAAGAGUACCUUGUAUCUGCUUCUUUCUAUGUCUUAUCGCGGGACAUUCUUCAAUCUUGUUCGUCUAUGCGCUAUUUCCAGUUUGUGAUUCCUUCCUUCUAGGAGUAGUGGACAUCCUUCCUAAUUUUCCCAGGUUUCUGACACAGCCCUAGAAUCUGUCCCCAACGUCCUGCUUCGGUCCUGAGCGUGUCGUGAAAAGCUGCUGUCUUUUCUACCUGGCCUGACUUUUGACAACGGCUUUGCACGCGCAACGUUAGAAACGGAACUUUUCCUGGCAUAACUUUUUCCUGCAAAAACUUUACCUGAUAAUAUUCUGUGUGCUAGCUAUGUGUUCUCGGUGGAAGAGAAACGUUUAAAUGAGGGAAAGACGAACAGAGGAGAAUUAAUAUACUUCCAACGUCCGAAAAAGACUGCUGCGGGUGCGGGGGUGUACAGGAACUAGCGUCCUGUGUAAUGUCUUGUUCAGGGGAGAAUGCAUUUGAGCAUCUGCAGAAUGCUCUUAAGUGCUUCCACUUUCUACUGUACACAGAUGUGUACUGAGGAUUAGUAUUGAUAAUGUUCAUAGAAUAAAGCAUGACUUCUUGGUAGGCUGGUGCCCCAUCAUCUCUGACUAUAGAAAUUCAUGACUGGAUGUUCUAAGCUGCAUAUAGAUAAAAGCAUGGCUUUUGUUAUGAAUAUCUCAGUUGCUGAUUUAACUAAACAACCUUUAUUGGGGGGAUGUAUUUUCUCCUGCUUGUUUCCCUACCACUUUAUGGUUAAAUGUGUCAUCCUGUACAUGUUUACUCAACAAUAAGUUCCACUGCAUUAAAUGGGGUUUAUUUCUAGGUAAGUAAGUAUAGGCUUGGAGCCUAAACCCAGAUAAAGGGCCACCAAGCUUCUUUCACCACUAGUUGAUAUUAUGAGGGAAUGUCAUAACUUUUGCAUCUAUAUGCUUCUUCCUCCAAGUUUGUCCCUACCACAGUUUGUCUGUCAAGAGGCCUCCCUGCAGAUGUUGGCCUACAACUUCCAUAAUUCCUGGCUGCUGGAGCAGGAUGGGCUGUGUCAGUGUCAGGUGCACUCAGGCGGUGAAGUUGAAGCACUUUGGCAUUUUCUUGGAGUGUCAUUCCAUUUUCUCCAGUUGGCUUCAGGAGAGAUCAUGAAGUUUCCUAUUUUACGCCAAGUUGUUGAUGCCUCCAAAGAAAAGAUGUGUCCACAAGAAUCGGAAAGGAGAGCUCUUGUUCACUGAACCCCCACAAAAUGGACCUGUGUAUCACUAUGGAUCUCCACUUCGUUCAGCUGACAAUCCAAGAUGUGUACCCACCAAGCGAAUAAACCAAAGUGAUGCAUCUUGGAUGAUUCCGCAGUUUGACAGUGUCACAUCAAAGGACUUCCAGAGGUGGCGCCAUAAGGCCCAAAACCUCCAGAACAAGGAUGCCAGCCAUGCUUUCCCUCAGGUGACAAGACGGCAUUUGAGACCCAGAACCUGCAAGUUUGUACCACUGGUGUUUGAGAAUGUGAGAACAAGUUAUUGUGCUGUUGGGGCUUCAGGAUGCCCCUCUAACUGCUGCGGUCAAACAGGAAGCUUUGAGGAGCCAUGCCAUAACCAGCCCAAUGGCACUUCUGCUGUAGCAUCCAUCAGGCCUACAACAAGUUCUGGGGCCUGUAUGGAAAAUGUCUGUCACUCUCCCAUGCCCCAGUAUGCUGAUCCAGUUGCCUUCAGUCCACCAGAUAUAUGCACUCCGGACCUGCUCUCCAUCAGUGUCUGUAAUGGAUGUCUGCCCCAGAUGGACAGCUUCACUCCAGGUCCGUGUAGUAGAUUUGUCAGUGGGGAUACCUCUAGUGAUGGAGGGGCUGCAUCAGUGCUAGUCAAGGACACGCCUGAGCAUGAAUAUGGAGUAAAGGUAACCUGGCGGAGACGUUUUCUCUUAAUGAAAUACCUGAGGGAAAAGGGGGUGCUGAGCACCAGUGAUAUUUUAGUGAAAACAUAAAGUAUUGUCCCUAUUGCAGCUGGAGAUCAGUGAUGAUAGUUCUUGGAGUUGAAAGUGAAAGAGAAGUCUCUGCUUGUGGUGUGUAUGUUCAUCCUGCUCUUGCAGCUGGUAAACAGAGGUUUGCAAGUUUUUGCACUGUUUCAAAAACCUGUAAAACUUGUUUGUCUAGAAGGAACAAUUGGACAAAAUAAACCAUGGAAAGUAAUGCCUAUCUCAAAACCUUUUAAAACUGUCUUAGAAAUUACUGCCUUCAGCCUUAGAUGAAAAAUCGGAGUUAACAAUUUCUCUGUCUAGUAACUGCCUAAACAAUUUGAGAAAGGGAUAUAUUUGCAAGAUGAAUCCAAGAACCAUUUCAUAAAAGCUUAGUGCAAAGAAGACCUGAUUCUGCUGGAAAAAGCUUUCCUGAUUAAAAUUAGCAGAGGCACAAAUGCAAUUGUUGUUGCAGUCUAUCCAUCUCCACUGCUAAAACUCUGCAUUAAUGAUAGGUGGAUACAUCAUGCAAUGCAGUGUUACCCUUCACACUGAAUCUUGAUUGCCCUGAUUUAGAAUAUUCUAGAACAGGAAUGGAAAGGAUUGUUCAAAUAUGUGUGACUUGCUGGGGCUUGCAAGGAAGGAGGGCAAGAAAAAAGAAUGUAUUUUUAAAUACGUAAUGAAUUAAACCAGUCAAAAAACA